UGGGCUACUUCCGUGUAAAUAAUCUCCUGACACAGUCCAUAGUUCUUCAACACCCUUGCCUCUUGCCAGACCACCUGUCGCUAUAGUCAUGUCUCAGACGCCGUCACACGUGGAGGAAUGCAUCAAAGACUACAAGUACAUCUUUCGGCCGGAUUUACUCAGGGGAAAAGUUGCUUUUAUCACCGGGGGAGGAACAGGGAUAUGCUUCACCAUUGCAGAAGUCUUUAUGAGACAUCAGUGUGAUACAGUAAUAUGUAGUCGCAGGAUGGACAAAUUGAAGGAAUCUGCAGAGACGUUGUCCAAGGCCACAGGUCGGAGAUGUGUCCCGGUACAGAUGGAUGUCAGGAAACCGGAAUCCAUUAUAAAAGCUGCAGAGUCAGCACUCACAGAGUUCGGCAGAAUAGACUACCUAGUGAAUGGUGCGGCUGGUAAUUUUCUGUCACCUAUAACUGGACUGUCCUUUAAUGCUUUCAAAACUGUAAUGGAAAUUGAUGCUCACGGCACGUUUAAUGUCAGCAAGGUCAUCUACGAGAAAUACAUGAAGGAUCAUGGCGGAGUAAUGAUUAACAUCACAGCCACAAUACAGACCCGCGGAACAACACUCCAGGCUCAUGCCGGAUCAGCUAAGGCGGCCAUAGAGGCAAUGACCAAACACAUGGCUGUGGAGUGGGGGAUGGAUGGAGUGAGGGUCAUGUGUGUGGCACCAGGACCAAUUUCAGACACGGAGGGUAUGAGACGACUAGGUGGUAGGAGUAUUACUGAUGACUAUGUGCAGAGUAUACCGAUACAAAGAAUGGGAAAGCGUGAGGACAUCGGCAAUACUGUCCUUUACGUGGUCAGUGAUGCUGCUCAGCUGGUUACCGGGACAGUCAUCGUAGCGGACGGGGGAGAAUGGCUCACCUCCUCCAACGACUACAACCAGAGGAAGAGACUGCUGCAGAAGAAAUCACAUCUAUAGACCAAUGUUUCUAGAUAGCUGAAAGGAUGUGUUAAAAAUGAUAUAUUUGUUUGUGUAUAGUCUCGUUUCUUGCCAGUACAAUACCAUUACAACAGAAAAAAAUCAUUUCCCCAAAAAACUCUGUUUGAAAUUCUAUCGUGGAGUCAGAUUAAAACAACUGGCCUCCGAGCUUAAUCAAUAUUAUAACCAGUUACACACAAGGAAAGGAACUUAUACAAGGCUCAAACCUGUAUGGUUUGAUUCAUGAAGAAUAAAACAGUCUUCAUGCAACCUGUCUUCACCCCUAGCCUCCAACCCUAUAUUUCUUCCCCUCUACCCCACCCCCUCCUCAUGGGAUCCCACGUUACAUUAUUUUGACCACAGCUUAUUCAGCCUCGAUCUCUACCGCCAAAUCCCUCAACAUUUAAUCCAGGAUUACAGUAUUACACAGUUAAAAACCAAUGGUGCUAUAAUUAGUUUGUAUUCACAUUCCAGACUAUGUUCAUGUGUGUUUGUGUCAAAAUCAUUUGAUUGCUAGUUCUGUAGUUGUGUUAUUACGUAGAUAAAGUAUAUAUCGAAGCAUGUUUUGUUGUGUGUCUGCGGUCAGUACACUAUCACACUUAGGUAGUGUACUAUUGGGUGAAACAAGUCUAUCAACAAACAUACACCACCUCUUGAUUACUUGUUGAGAGAGCAGUUCUUGUAAUUUAUGCUAUCAGUGGCCUGAUGAGAGCUAAGGAUCAAAAUUAAAAAAAAAAAAACAUUCUUGUGAAGGAUAUGCUUUGGAAUCUUUUCAGUUGAAAUUUGCAUAAUACAUACAUACAUUCAUACAUACAUACAUACAUACAUUCAUACAUACAUUAAUAUAUUCAUACACUGUGUUUGUUGAAGACAACUCAGCCAAAGACAUCCCUGUUAAAAAAAAUUGAGACAUUCCUAUCGAUAAACUUGAUGCUUUAACCUAUUUUGUUUUGUCUGGAAGUCUAGAUAAUUCAAAUUCUGUUUUAGGUGUACAAAGCCAUCAACAUUGGUAAUUUUGACACUUGGGAGCCUUUCGUCACAUUGGUUCAGUUUUCAUUAAUGUAAACUGUUUGUGUAAAAUUUAAAUUUAAAAUAUGAAUAUUUAGAAUGCUAUGCCUUAAGGCUAUUCAUUUAAUUAUGAAAAAACACCAUAUGGCGUUGUAUUGCAUUUUUUUUUUAUAUAAAUAGAACUUCAUGCCCAAACCUAUAUAUAUUCAGAUUUUUUAUUUGUAGAUUUCUCCAAUCUUUGAGCUCAGGAAACAUAAAAAGUAUACAAACAUAUAAUGAUUUGGUUAGUACCUAUAAUUUUUAUGUUACAGUGACAAUUAUUGUUGAAAUUAAAGCAGACUGUGAUAUAUGAAAGCUGUUUGUAUCAGAUAAUAAAGUGAUUUUUGAAAU